AUGGAGCAAGUUGCAGCGGGGACCAUAUCGGAGCCUUUGGAUUUGGUCAAGCUCUCCCUUGGCGAACGGGUAUUCAUAAAACUUCGUGGAGACCGUACUCUCACCGGCAACUUACACGCUUAUGAUGCCCAUAUGAAUUUGGUCCUUUCUCAAGUAGAAGAGAAUAUCCAUAUAGUUGAUGUUGGCGAAGAUGGAACGGCGGCACCUCCCCGUAUCGAAAGAAGAGGUUUCGAGAUGCUUUUCAUCAGAGGAGAUAGUGUCAUACUAAAUGACCACAGUGACCAAUAG